GCGUCCUGCAAAAAGCAUCAGGGAGGGGCUCUGGGGAAAGGUGCCGGGUGUCCCUUCCUUUUGCGGUAGGAAGCAGGACCUAUAGGCACAGAGGAGCUAGGCACAGGGGCCAGGGAGGCUUGGGUGGACCUCAGCCCUGACCCGGGAAGGAGUGAGGAAGUGAGGACCCGGGAAGGAGUGUGUGCCUGAGGAGAAGCUGGGGGUGCUGGGAGGACCUGAGGGGUGCCACUGUUGGGCCACAGGCUGUGGCCACAGGGUAUGACUCGGAGCACUCCCCUUCCUGUCUCAGUGUGCCCAGCUGCGAGCCUGGCCUUAAAGGAUCCCUCUCCUGCCCUCUUCUGCUGUAUCCGGGCGCCAGGGUUAGCCUGACAGACACUGGGACACGUGACGCAGACCCUUACUGAGGCCUGGCUAGGGGCCAGCAUGUGUCUGAGUGGUUUCCUCACAUCCUUUCAGCAGCACUAUGAGGUGGGGUCCUCAUCCCCAUUUCCCAGAUAGGGAGACUAAGGCCUAUGAAGGAAGGGUGGAGUCUGGUCCACACCCUAGUGGGUGGUACAGCUAAGCCCACAGUUGUUUUCUUUCUACUGCACCAGCUGCCUCAGAGUCAAGGCCUGGGACGUGGGCCAAGGGGGCUGCUGCAGGACCCUGAAGGGUGAGGAGAGUUUGUGCCACAGAGGCGAGGAGGCAGCGAUGCCAUGCGGGGACCUGCAGGAGCCAGGCCUGAGCCGGCGUGAUGCUGAAGAUGACCUUCCAAGGCUUUCCAGGCCAGCAGCCUGCGCCAGGGGCCCUUGACUUCCCCGGAAGCCCCCAGAAGUUGCCCUUCGCCUCGGAGGCGGAGUCAGAAGCCUCCAUGUCCGAGGCCUCCUCCGAGGACCUGGUGCCACCCCUGGAGGCCGAGGAAGCCCCAGACAGGGAUGGAGAAGAGGCUGCGAAGAAGAAGAAGAAGAAGAAGAAGUCGAAAGGCCUGGCCAACAUGUUUAGCGUCUUCACCAAAGGGAGGAAGAAGAAGAGUCAGCCCAGCUCAGCAGAGACAGAGGGCGACACUGAGCCCCAGCCCCGGCCGGCUGGCCGGCUGCCCACAGUGGAGGAGCUCAAGGCCGACCUGGAGCACGGGCGGCUGGAGGCGGCGGGGCCGCUGCUGGCGCUGGAGCGGGAGCUGCAGGCGGCGGUGGCGGCGGGCGGCAUGAGCGACGAGGAGCUGCUGCGGCGCCAGAGCAAGGUGGAGGCGCUGUACGUGCUGCUGCGCGACCAGGUGCUCGGCCUGCUGCGCCGGCCGCUGGAGGCGGCGCCGGAGCGGCUGCGCCGGGCUCUGGCCGUGCUGGCCGAGCAGGAGCGCGAGGACCGCGCGGCGGCGGCGGCGGCGGCGGCGGCGGCGGCGGGGCCCUCGGCGCUGGCGGCCACGCGGCCCCGGCGCUGGCUGCAGCUGUGGCGGCGCGGCGUGGCGCAGGCGGCCGAAGAGCGCCUGGGCCAGCGGCCGGCCGCGGCUGCCGAGGGCCGCACGGAGGCCGAGCGCGCCUUCCUGCACAUGGGCCGCACCAUGAAGGAGGACCUGGAGGCCGUGGUGGAGCGGCUGAAGCCGCUGUUCCCUGCCGAGUUCGCCGUGGUGGCGGCCUACGCCCAGAGCUACCACGAGCACUUCGCGGCGCACCUGGCGGACUUGGCGCAGUUCGAGCUGAGCGAACGCGACACCUACGUGCUGCUGCUCUGGGUGCAGAACCUCUACCCCAAUGACAUCAUCAACAGCCCCAAGCUGGCCGGUGAGCUGCAAGGAGUCAGGCUUGGGAGCCUCCUGUCCCCCAAGCAGAUCCGGCUGCUGGAGGCCACGUUCCUCUCCAAUGAGGUGGACAGCGUGAAGGAGCUGAUGGCCCGCGCCCUGGAGCUGGAGUCGCAGCGCUGGAGCCAGGAUGUGGCUCCCCAGAGGCUGGACGGCCACUGCCACAGUGAGCUGGCCAUUGACAUCAUCCAGAUCAUCUCCCAGGGCCAGGCCAAGGCCGAGAGCAUCACCCUUGACCUGGGCACGCAGAUAAAGCACAUGCUGUUGGUGGAGCUGGCUGCGUUCCUCAAGAGCUACCAGCGUUCCUUUGAUGAAUUUCUGGAGAGGUGCAAACAGCUGAGAAAUUACAGGGCCAAUGUCAUCGCCAACAUCAACAACUGCCUCUCCUUCCGGAUGUUCGUGGACCAGAAGUGGCAGAUACCACAGGACCUCCCGAGCCACCUGCUGAGCCCCCUGAAUGAGCUCAAGAGUCAUGGCGUUGAUACCCUGCUCCAGAACCUGUUUGGGGUCCUGAAGCCGCUGUUCAAGAGGUUCACGCAGACCCGCUGGGCGGCCCCCGCGCAGACCCUGGAGGAAAUUAUCUCCGUGGUGGACGAGAGGCUGCCCGAGUUCUCUGAACUGCAGGACUGUUUCCGGGAGGAGCUCAUGGAGGCUGUACACCUGCACCUGGUGAAGGAGUACAUCAUCCGCCUCAGCAAGCGGCGCCUGGUCCUCAACACGGCAGAGAAGCAGCAGCAGCUGGCGGGGCACAUCCGGGCCAACGCCGAGCUCAUCCAGCACUUCUGCACUCAGAACGGCUCCCCGGCCACCUGGCUGCAUCGUGCCCUCCCCACGCUCGCGGAGAUUAUUCGCCUGCAAGACCCCAGUGCCAUCAAGAUCGAGGUGGCCACGUAUGCCACCUGGUACCCUGACUUCAGCAAAGGCCACCUGAGUGCCAUCCUGGCCGUCAAGGGGAAUCUGUCCAGCAGUGAAGUCAGGAGCAUCCGGAGCAUCCUAGACAUCAACACAGGGGCGCACGAGCCCUCCAAGUCCCUAUUUUCACUUAUAAAGGGCUGUGUUGAGCUGGGCUCAGCCAGGGCGUGGAAUGGAAGGCAGAACUGGAGGCGAGAAAAGGGAAGGAUGAGCUCUCAUCUGGGACCUGGAAAGGGGCCUGUGGGGUCACAUGGCAAGCUGGGGGCAGGGCUGGCAUCAGAGCCCCUGCAGCUCAGCCCCUGACCCUUCUCUGCUUCCCCAUGGGCUUCCCCUGAGGAUGGGUCCAGGAGGGGCAAGGACCUCCUGGGUUUUCUCGGCCUCCGCCUUCCCCCACACGGAGACAGGCCCAAGGGUGCCUCUGUGGGUCCUCCCCUGGAAGUCAGGCUGAGGUCUGGGCAGGGCAAGCUUGACUUCUGACUCCUUGGCCUCUGGAUUAGUUUCCUAUUGCCACUUCAGCAAACUUCCACAAGCUUAGUAGCUUAAAACAAGAACUCUCUUUCAGUUGUGGAGGUCAGAAGUCUCACAUGGGUCUAGUGGGCUUAAGCCAAGGUGUCAGCCGGGCUGGUUCCUUCUGGACGCUCUGGCGGGGCAUUUCCUUGCCUUUUCCAGUUUUUAGAGGCCGGCCUCCCCUAUUUCUUGGCUAGUGGCCCCCUUCCAUCUCCAAAGCCAGCAAUGGCCGGUCGAUCUCUUUUUCACAUCUCAGUACCCCUCUCCUGCCUCCAUCUUCCUUCCUUAAGGACCCCAGUGAUGACCUUUGACCCACCCAGACAAUGACCUUUGACCUACCCAGACAAUCCAGGAUCCUCUUCUGAUGUUAAGUUCAGCUGAUUAGCAACCUUAAUUCCACCUGACCCCUUAACUCCUCUUUGCCUUGGAACCUGACGUAGUCACAGGUCCAGGGAUGAGGACGUGGGCAUCUUUGCGGGGGGGGCGUUAUUUUACCUACCACAGCCUCCACCCAUCCCCCUUGUUCUACCCCAGGAAAACAUGGGUUCAGUUACCCUCCUUGGCCUCUGCUUACCCCAGAGACUCUCGGCAGUCAGACUUAGGCACGACUCCACCUCGCCUGCGCCUCUGGGCACGCCGUGACGGGGUUUGCAGCCAGCUCUCUUGGGUUUGUGCUGCCUCUUUCCAGGUACUGUGGCCAGAAACUGGCCCGUGUAAAUGGUGCACAAAGGCCUGUGUACAUUUGUAGGAGUUAGCAUGUUUGAUGUUAUUAUUAUUAUUUUUGAUAGUACUGCUUUUGUAUGUGUUUUUUUAUAACAUGAUCUUGGUUUUUAUAGCUUGAUAUAAAGCUGAUUUCAAAAGUG